AUGAAAAUACCUUUCUACUUGGUAAUCGUUAUUGCACCAACAAUGGCUUUUCAAUGUUUUCGAUGCAAUAAUGGAAUUGAUGAUAAGAAUGAUAAUGUUAAGCAAUGCAUUGAUCAGAAAAUUGAAUGUCCAAAAGGUACAAAAAGUUGCUCAACAAUUUUGUAUACAUCUGAAAAGGAUAACGAAAUUCAUAUUCGGAAAUUUUGCACAACCCCGGGAACACCAAUACCGCAUUACCUUCGUUUAUUUCCCAGUAGUGCUAUAUGUGAAAAUAUUUUUACGAACCAAGACGAGGUGCAACUUACGUCACUGCUAAAAGAAAGACGACGUCGUGAAGCGUCACCACCAGCACCACCUCGACAAUACAAGAAUAAUUUGCUAUGCAUAUGUGCUACAUCAUUAUGUAAUGGUGGUAUUCAUAGAGAGAUCAUCGAUAGGAUUACAUCUGAUCCACCAAGGCAUAAUAUCGAUUUAUCGCUACAGCAAUUAAAUGAUUGA